AUGGCGGACACGAAGAAAAGCAAUCCAAUUCUCGCUAUGGCGGCGGGGUGCAUCGCCGGUGGCAUUGAAGCUACUUGCGUUUGGCCGAUGGAAUACAUCAAGGUAAGUGCUGACUGUGACGACGACUUUUCAAAGUCUACGCCGGAGAACAUUAUUUAUACCGUCAACACUACCGGAUUCUUUUCGCUCUACCGUGGUCUCGCUCCGACGCUUCUCGGUAGCAUUCCCAAAGCCGGAAUUCGAUUCGGACUCAAUUCCGUCAUCAAAGACAGUUUACGGGACAAGGAUACGGGAGGGCUGACCCCAGCCAAGAAUUUCAUCGCCGGCCUCGGCGCCGGUGUAUCAGAAGCUCUUUUGAUCGUCGCGCCAGUGGAAACGGUCAAGACAAAAUGUAUCGAAAUGAAUAUGGCUUUUCUGCAAGGUUUUCGACACAUUUUGAAGCACGAAGGUCUUGCUGGUGUGUAUCAGGGAGCGGCAGCGACGGCAUUGAAACAAGGAUCGAAUCAGGGAUUACGAUUCAUGUGGUUCAACGAGUACAAAGUUAUCGUCACGAAGGACGGAAAGGAACCUAUGACUCCCCUGCUUGGUCUUUUCGGAGGUAUGAGCGCGGGUUGUUUCAGUACAUUGGGCAACAAUCCAUUUGAUGUGGUCAAAACGAGAAUGCAAGGGACCAAGGCGGCCCAGUACAACGGGACACUGGACUGCUUCAAACAGAUUGUGUCCAAGGAAGGUGUGGGCGCGCUCUAUGCAGGUGUUGUACCACGACUUGGAAGAGUAGUGCCUGGGCAGGGUAUCAUUUUUAUGAGUUUUGAGACCAUUCAAAAUGCGUUGAAGAAACAAUUUACCAUCUUCCAGACGUAGCUGCUUUGUCCGACGAACUCUAUCCGCGAUCUGUUUCGAUAUGGGCUUCAAGCACCGUGUAUAAUAAAAUGUAUUCCUAAUACCUGUAUGUUUAUGC